UUUCCGCCCGUGUACAACAAACGACGGGUCCAGGCCACCGAAACCACAAUCUUCCGGCAGUCUUCCCCAUACGCGCCCCUACAGAAGCACGAGUGUCGGAUAGCCCCGCGAAACCUCACAAUGGCCAUCUUCGGGACGGCGCUGAAUGGCGUCGGCGCGCUGUUGCUUACACAUGCUGUCUACUCGGCGCACGAACACACAGCCACCUUUGCAACCUCGCCCCUCCCGCUCGACAUCACCCUGGAGCUCCUCACAUCAAUCCUCCUGCUCUCGCUCGGCAUCGUCGUUUCCUUUGCACCGCUCAAGCCGAUAUAUUGCGCGCAAUGGGCGGGCCAGAUCUCGCGAGAAGGGAGGCACAGCGAGGGGCAGUACACCAACGAGGGCGAAGAGGUGUUGAGCGAGGGCGACCCGUAUGCGUUUCUGGGCCUCGACGGGGGCAUUGGCGGGAAGAGCGAGGGAAGAAAGGGCUUCUGGGACGUCAAGGGCAAGAGGAAGGAAUUUGAAACUUGGAUGAGGGAGGGUGGGAAGCAAUAGGACCGCAACAGCAUGUACGGUCAUAGUACGUAUUGCGCGUUUUUAUGGGCUGUCACGAAAUAUCACAGCAUUGCAUUCUCAGCACGGCAGCAGUGGGGAUGGUCGAGCCAGCAACAGACGUCUGAAUAAACAUGUCGAUUACAGCCCUGAGCGCUUUUUUACAGCAAAUGCUGCUUGUCCCAAUUUGAAAAGG